GAAUCUGACACUCAAGAUGAGGAGAAAUGUGAGGAGAUUGAAUUGGUUGAGGUUGCUGAAAUUCUAGCCAAGGAUGAUCUUGAAUUUCAUUUGCCCAAGAAUCAACGUUGUGCUUGCCAUCUUCUGAACCUGGUUUCCACCGUGGAUGUUGACACUGCUCAAUUGGAUGAAACAUACAAAAGGUUAUCAAGAUCAUCCUUCUCCAAAUGUUGGGCCUUGUGGAACAAGAGUGGCCGGUCCAACAAAGCUGCAGAGAUGAUAGAAGAGGAAUGUAGUAUGCAGUUAAUUCGUCCAAAUGCCACACGAUGGAACUCUUUCUUUCUUUCUUUCUUUCUUUCUUUCUUUCUUUCUUUCUUUCUUUCUUUCUUUCUUUCUUUCUUUCUUUCUUUCUUUCUUUCUUUCUUUCAGUGGAGAGGAUCCUGAAGGGAAAGGGAGAUUGUGCUUUCCGGAAUCUCGGUGCGGAAUUCAAAAUCCCCAUGUUAACUCCUGCAGAAAAGGCAUUUCUUGGGGAAUAUGUCACAGCUAUGGCCCCUGUUGCCAAAGCAAUUAAUAUCUUGCAGGGAGAAACGAAUGUGCACAUGGGCUGGCUUGUACCAACACUCAACAUUAUGGUUUCCAAACUAAAACGAGCCAAGAUAUCUAUGAAACUCUGCAAGAGCCUGGUAGAUGCCAUCCUUGCAGGCGUGAACAAGCGCUUCGGGGACAUGCUCAAUGAUCCUGAGCUGAUUGCGGCUGCAAUCCUGCUUCCAAAAUUUAAAACUUAUUGGACAACUGAUGCAUCCAUCCUCAAACUCGGUCUUGACUUCAUAAAGGGAAAUAUGGAGGAGACCACUCAACUUACAAGUGAUGCAACUUCAUCAGAUGAAGAGGAUUUCUUCAAUCCAUUGAAGUCAUCCCAGACCCAGGCACAACAAGGCCAAACAGUGCUUGAUGGCUAUCUGACAACAACUGGUGAUGACAUGGCUGUCCUGAAAACCUUCCCAUCUCUAUUGAAGUUGUCAUUAAGGCUCAACACUCCCCUACCUGCAUCUGCUGCGUGCGAGCGACUUUUUAGCACUGCUGGCCUCAUUUUCAGUCCAAAAAGAUCUAGAAUAAAUUCUAAGAACUUUGAGAACCAGCUUUUGUUGAAGUUGAAUAAACAUAUUUCCCCCCUCUGAGACUGAGAGGUACAUCAGAUUAAAGUCAGCUCUGAAUAUUUGAUUUAACUUAAUUUUAUCUGUCCAUUGCACUGAAAAUAUCUUUUUGAUGAAACUUUUUUACUUUCAGACUAGUAUGCCUUUUUGAACACUUGAGUUUGACUGAGACUGACUUGCUUGAUCUGUGUUUUGUUCUGUCAUGUUGAAAUAGUGAGGUGUUCCAUUUCAUUUCAAUUUAAGGAAAUAAAACCUCAUAAAUAAACAGUUUUUUUUUCACUGAAAUGUCUCUUGGAGUUUAGUUAGGAUUAGUGCAUCUUUGAGCCUACAUUCAGAAUGAGUUAAAUACUUAAGUACUUUUAAAAUCAGAUACUUUAAGACUUUUACUCAAGUCAUAUUGGAAUUGGUUACUUGUAACUUGUAGUGGAGUCAUUUUUACAGUAAGGGAUCUAUACUUUUACUUGAGUAUGGUUUUCAGGUACUCUUUACACCACUGCGGUUACGUCCCAGAGACAUAUUAUAGCUCCAUGGUCAUUUUUACCCUGUGGGGGAGUGUUUGUUUUUGCUACCAUAUGCUAUCGUUGUGUUUUUGUCUCCCUCUCUUUUGCAUCUCUGCAGCCCAGAUUGCGGUCAACUGAUGCUCUUUAUCUCGGUGUAGUUUGUUAUAGAAAUGGAGACGUUUAGAUGCCGGAGAACAACAUGUUUAUUAGCUCCCAUCAGGAGCUCAUAUCACUUCAACAACUUGUAUCUUGUAUAUAAAACGUAUUUAACCACAAGGGGGCACUCCAGGACCAUAUACGAACAUAGCUUUCUUAAACACAGCCUGAAUGCAUUUUUCCUAGAGUGCACAAGAAAAAGCAACACCCGUCAAACAUGAUCAUUAUAAAAAUACUUUAUUAUCAUAAAAAUACCUGAUGAGGCUUGAGUAACAGUGAUAAAAAAAGAUAUCCAUAGGCAUUUCCUAGAUUCUAGACCGUUAUGAUCUUCUUCUGCGUAUUUGGAGUUUCCGCACGAGAGCUCCCUCUGGCUUUCGGAUGCAGCAGUAUUUUCCCGUACUUCACUCAAAAGCUGUGCAUAAAUCACGUGAUAUUUAUCGUUGGUUUAUCGCGACAGCCCUAGCGCAGAGUUAGUAAAUACAUGGUUAAAAUAGUCCAUGUGACUCCCCAUUGACUACAAUCUUCAUUUUAUGAAGAGACGACUAUACUUCUUGUGUGCAAUAAAACAAAAAUAAGCUUUAUUCAACAAUUUCUCCUUUCCGCGUCAGUCUCCAAAGCGCGUUCAGAAGAGCAUGUGACCCAUGCGUGCAGUGCAGACACAGGAGCCGGCGCUCACAAUGCAUGCGUGUUAAGCAGAGGCAUAGCUUCUGGACACACGUCGAAGGGAGAAAAUUGUUGAGUCACAUCGACUAUUUUAACCAUUUCUUUAUUGACUUCAUGUGCUUUGAUUGUACGUUGCGAUGCUGUCUUUGGGGGUGUCCGAAAUCUCUGCAACCUCAUCAAAACAUCUUAAUUUGGGUUCCGAAAAUGAUUGUAGGUCUUACGGUCACCUGAUGCUCGUUAUCUCGGUUUAGUUUGUUAUAGAAAUGGAGACGUUUAGAUGCCGGAGAAGAUGGCUUUCUUAAACACAGCCUGAAUGCAUUUUAACUAGAUUGCACAUCAUCAGUUAUCGACACUCUGCAUGCGGCGUAGGACACAAUCCUGCUAUAAAAGGAGGCAGAGAGUUGCCUCACCUCUGCAUCAGACUUAGUUGUUCCUCAAUCGUGAUUUGAGUGGUGAUUGUUCAUGUUUGGCCUAAUGAUGCUCAUUUAAUACUGUAAAACCUGGUGUGGUUCAUUUCCAGUUGGGAAAUUCUAAGGUCUUCCCUCUUUGCUCUGUUGGUAUGUAAAAGGUAAUUGUACUUUUAUUUUAUAUAGACCUUUCUCCCCUUUCUUGGAAGUUGUAGGGAGAGGGUGUCAACCUUUUUGUUUGAAUCCUGAGCUUAUGCUUCCAUUUUAUAUGAAAUAAAAUACAUUUUUGUUCUAUAAACAUGUGUGGUGAGACUUUUCUGGGGCAGAGGCUGAGGUGGCUUCUCAUCGUUUACUUUUAUUUAAUUUACCCUAAUAGUUUUCUUUAAAAGUUACUCCUCUCCCAACCCUAGACUGAGGGGGGAGCAUAACAAGUGGGGGCUCGUCCGUUCGUAUUCCCCGUAAACAACGAGGUGAAGGCUUGUAUGCCUGUUAAACGAUUUGCGGUGAGUACUCUUUUUCUCUCAUUGACUGUUUUCGACUAAGGGUGGGGAAGAGAGUGUAGUCAGACUGUGUAGAAUGGAGUUUGAUUUCAACGCUUUUACUCUUUCGCCUACUAUUG